AUGUUCAGCUGGAGUCUGAAAGGAAGAAUCUUUUUUGGAGCACAGCAAGGACCAGGAAGGCCUUUUUCCGAGCAGGGAGAUCUUGCCUGCAGAUUUCUUACAGUGGAAAUGCUUCCAAGCAGCAGAUCCCUGCUGGUGCUGUGGCUUUUGGUAUUUAGCUACAAAAUGAUCCAUGGUCACAAUGAUGAAGACAAUGAGUUUCUGGAAAAUUCAUCCGAAUUACUGAAUCCAGACCCUAAUUUCCUGGCUCCAGACUGCCCUAGAGACUGCACCUGCACCCAGGAAGGAGUUGUGGAUUGUGGAGGGAUCGAUCUGAAAGAAUUUCCCAUAGAUUUACCAGAGUCAACAAACCACCUUUCCUUGCAGAAUAACCAGAUAGAAGAAAUCUUUCCAGAAGAGCUUGCACGUCUUUACAGACUAGAAACGCUCAAUUUACAGAACAACAGGCUCACUUCGAAAGGGCUUCCAGAGGAGGCAUUUGAGCAGCUGGAGAACCUGAAUUACCUGUACCUUGCAAACAAUAAGCUAACUCUGGCUCCGAAAUUCCUACCAAAUACCUUGAUCAGUGCAGAUUUUGCAGCCAAUUCCAUCACAAAGAUUUAUGGGCUCACGUUCGGACAGAAGCCAAACCUGAGAUCUGUAUAUCUUCACAACAAUAAACUUUCAGAUGCUGGGUUACCUGAUAAUAUAUUCAAUGGCUCUAAUAACGUGGAGAUACUGAUCAUGUCCAGCAAUUUCCUGAAGUAUGUUCCGAAGAACCUGCCUCCCGCACUAUAUAAACUACACUUAAAGAACAACAAACUGGAAAAGAUUCCCAAAGGAGCCUUCAAUGAACUUGCGGGCCUUCGAGAGCUGUAUUUGCAGAACAACUACUUGACUAAUGAAGGGAUGGACAAUGAAACCUUCUGGAAACUAUCCAGCCUUGAAUAUCUAGAUUUGUCCAGCAAUAACCUUUCACAAAUCCCAAGUGGCUUACCUCGAAACAUCGUCCUCCUUCACCUGGAGAAGAAUGCAAUUAAGACGAUUGGCAGGGACGUCUUGAUCCAAAUUAGAAACCUUGAGUACCUUCUACUUCACAACAACAAAUUAAAAGCCCGAGGGAUCCACCCGCUAGCCUUCCAGGGCUUGAAGAAGCUGCAUACUGUCCACUUGUACAACAAUAUGCUGGAAAGGAUUCCCAGCGGGCUACCGCGGCGAGUGAAGACACUUAUGAUCCUUCACAACCAGAUCUCUGAGAUUAACAGGAAUGACUUUGCUACCACUUACUUACUGGAGGAGCUAAACUUAAGUUACAAUAAGAUCACAAGUCCUCAUAUCCAUCGGGAGGCCUUCCGCAAGCUGAGACUGCUAAAGUCCUUGGAUCUUUCUGGGAACAACCUCCACACGCUGCCCUUUGGCUUUCCAAAGAAUUUGCAGAUUCUGAAACUGAAGGAGAACGACAUAAGCACCAUUCCAAGAAGAGCCCUGGCAGGAAUGACAAAGCUGCAGGAGCUCUACCUGAACAAUAAUAAACUGAAAGUCAAUUCCAUUCACAGGGCAGCAUGGCGGGAACUCAGCAGUCUCCAGCUAUUAGAUAUGGGUGGCAAUCAGCUGAUCUCUAUUCCAUCGGACCUGCCAGGAUCCCUAGAAUAUCUAUAUCUCCAGAACAACAAAAUCACCAUGGUAUCAGAGAAUGCCUUUGAAUCCACACCCAACAUAAAGGGAAUUUUCCUCAGGUAUAAUAAGAUAGCAGUUGGAGCAGUGAAGGAAAGUACAUUCCAAAGCCUAAAGCAUUUACAGGUGCUGGAUAUUGAAGGGAACUUUGAAUUCAGUGAUGCUUCAAAGAACAGGGAUAAUUCAGAAGAGGAGGAGGAGGAGGAAGAAGAGGAAGAAUCAAGAUAA